CUCCUCCACACCACGCCAUCGUGGCCCUCCUGACGUCUCUCCUCGGUCCUGCUCGUCCAUCUUCGCCUCUGGACGACAACCUCUUCACCGAGUCAGAGCUGCUUGCUGCGUCUGCGUCUUCUAUUGCAUCUGAGCGUGCAGCUGCAAUUGCGUCUCGCACAGCACCGGGUACCAUCCACUUCGCUGUCCCUUGCCCCUGGCCCAAGGUUCUAGUGUCGGUGACUAGACACGACAAUACGCCUUCGCCUUCAGACUCGAGCUCGACCCCUACGAUCCGACGACGAAUUCGACACUCUGGAUAUCACCACACUCAUCCUGCAGACUUGACAUUAUCCCACAAGACUACGCUCUUGUCGGUCGUAUCCGCAUCAAUAUACGCUACACACUUACACCAGCCUCACAAUUUCAGACCUGAACACGAUAGAACGGUCCGUGUAGGACCCAUCUCUCGAUACGAUGGCUUCCUCUUCGAGCAAUGUCGUCGGCGUACACUACCGCGUGGGGAAGAAAAUUGGUGAGGGUUCGUUCGGCGUUAUUUUCGAAGGCACCAAUCUCCUCAACAACCAGCAAGUCGCCAUCAAGUUUGAACCUCGAAAGAGUGACGCUCCUCAGUUGCGCGAUGAAUACCGGACGUACAAGAUACUUGUCGGCUGUCCUCUCAAGGGUUCAGACGAUCCACGAGAAGAACUUGAUCUACCGUGACAUCAAGCCCGACAACUUCAUUAUCGGCAGGCCGGGCACGAAGGCCGCAAAUGUCAUCCAUGUUAUCGACUUCGGCAUGGCCAAGCAGUACCGCGACCCGAAGACGAAGCAGCACAUUCCUUACCGCGAACGCAAGUCACUCUCCGGUACAGCUCGUUACAUGAGCAUCAACACCCAUCUUGGCAGGGAACAGUCUCGCCGUGAUGACUUGGAGGCGCUCGGUCACGUUUUCAUGUACUUCCUCCGCGGUGGUCUGCCCUGGCAGGGCCUGAAGGCUGCUACCAACAAGCAAAAGUACGAGAAGAUUGGCGAGAAGAAGCAGACGACCCAAAUUCGCGAUUUGUGCGAAGGCUUCCCCGACGAACUGAACAAGUACCUCACAUACGUACGAAACCUUGGCUUCGAGGACACCCCUGAUUACGACUACCUGCGAGAGCUCUUCACGCAAGCCCUCAAGAAUACGGGUGAGGUCGAGGAUGGCGAAUAUGACUGGAUGAAGAUUUCCAAGGAUUCGGGGAAAGGUUGGGACGGGUCGAAGGGGCACAACAACGCGUACCUGCACAACCCCAACGCUCGACCCGGGCCGUCCCAGAUGGAACUCCACAGCGGUCAGCGCGGCGGCGCGAGCGCAGCCCACGCGCAAGCGCAGAACCUGACGGUCAGCCGUCGGCCAAACGCGCCCGGCGCCUUGGGCGCCCAGCGGAGCAGCGGAGUCGGGGGUCUCCGGGACAUGGCGACGCCGGCCGGAUCCACACAGGCGCAGUUCCAGAACAGCAACCGCAACCUGCCUCAGACUGCUCCUCAGCAGGGUCCUGCCCAGCCGGCUCAGCCUAGUGGACGGUCUCCUGAGCCCCAACCUUCCGGCAUGCAGAAGUUCAUGAAGGUCCUUUGCUGCGGUUAGUGUCCCGGAUUUACUUGGUGUUGUCUUGGCCAUACCAGGAACGGGACCAGCUAGCUCCUUUCAAGCGAUUAUAUACACAGGCGGAUUCUUCUUGAUCCAGCUUCUGCACGUCGAUUUGCGUUGUGUAUUUCUCUGGUCAUGAGCGGCCGUGGACUACCGCGAGAGCCACCCUGACUGCCAUGCCACUGGAUCUCAUCCAAGGCCUCUGCACCGCGCCUCGCUGGACACUUCUUCCCGUUCUGAUCACGCCAUUAGAGCUGAACAUCCGCACCAUGUCAACGACGGCACGACUUUUAUCUUUUCUUUCUUCUUCUUCGGGCAUUCUCCUUAUCUUGGCGUAGCGGGGUUCAUUCAUCCUUUUCUCACAAGAGGAGAGACUGCGCUACAUCACUGGCAUGCAAAAAACUCGACUUCGGGACCCGGACCUUAUUUCUUUGAGGGCCUGAAUGUUUCAGCCGAAACAAAAAAACAUUACUACAUCCUGUUAAUGCACAGCGCGCAGUACGGCGCAUGGCGGGGCGAAGCCGGUCGGUGGGGCUCCAUGGCAUUGGGCUGAUUCUGCAAUACGUUCGUGUACUGUUCAUAAUAACACCAGCCGUGUAGUGCGAGGACGACGACAGUUGAUUUCGUGCCUUGCCCAGGGAUCUUGGGCAAGAUGCAGAGGGAGCAGACAUCAGAGGACGACACGCUUCUGGGGAAGCUGAUGGACAGAUGGGCUGUGGAGGUCGAGCAGGCGGGCUGUUAGUGUUGGGUUGAUAGACGUGAGAAUAUAAGGAAAUGACUUCAUAUAUGG